UAACACUACAAACAAGAUUUAGAUAGUGUUUCGCUGCGGUAGGCGUGUCGUUGAAGAGGAGGGGUCAUGUACAUUACCUCCCCCUCUAUCCGCCUGUGCGCACGCGCGUCACAGUGCAGAUGGCUGAGAGUAAGCAAUUCAGUUUCCGACGUUUGGAAGGCAAGAAGUUUCCCGGCAUCGAAUCUUCUGUCGUAAAAGCUCUUCUAGAGAAAUGGUACGUCAAGCAACGUAUGCGUCUUGUGACGUUCAACUACGACGAGCCUUUUCAGAUCUACGAAAAGGAAGCGUUUACUACUCAAUUCUUUAGCGAUGCCAACGUUACGACAAACCUUAUGGUACCAACCGAUGACGCAGAGACGUGGACCCCACUCGGGACUUGUGUCACUCGUGUGGUCUGUGAGCAAAUUCCCUGUACUGUUUUCAGCAUGGAUUUCUUUGACAGACUGAAAACAGAAGGCGUCGUUCGGGAAACCGGAGCUAUUUCUAAAUGUUUUGACGAGGUUUAUGAAAGCUUCAUCGUCGCUGAUGAAUUAAGGAAAGUUUUGCUGAUGGAGGAUGAGGAGAAAUACUGUAUCUUCAACGACAAAGACAGAGAUGAGUUCAUCUUUCGAAUUUUUCAACAUUUAUGCUUAGGUGGUGCUAUCUGUCAGUAUGAAGAUACAAUUGAGCCUUACCUGAACACCACUAGAACUGUAUACAAAGAUCUAAUGACAGUGGUGAAGGAUCCAGAAACGAGAAAAUUGUCUGUGACUAGUUGGAUCUUCAAAGUAGAGGCUUAUAGUGGUGAAGCCUAUGUGUUUCCUGGGAAAAGCCCACAUAGACAAAAUUACUGUUAUCUCAUCAUUGAUCCUCUGAAACGACAUGUAACUGUUUGGUAUCAUGAUUAUGGUCGGGGCUUAAUGUGAAUUAUAUUAUAUUUAUGUCCCCACAAGACUAAACUUAUUAUUUGCUACUGAUAUAUCUUUGACCCUAUUUUAGGAUGAAUAGAAUGAGUAACUUUACCUUAGUGGCAUGUGUGUGUACUGCUAUUGAUUUUUACAGUAGGCUUGUCAUUCUAUUUAUACUGUAUUCCAGAAUAUAGCAGAUUAUUUUAGUGACAUGUUUGCAGCUAAGAAAAGGUAGCGCCUUGUCAUUAAUUAGAGGGAAGUGAUAAUUAGCUAAAGCUGAGU